AUGUCACACUAUAGUGGAAGUAGUGGUGGAAGUGGCGGUGGUGGUGGUGGAUAUCAUAAACCUCACGCAGGAGGUGGUGGCGGUGGUGGUGGAGGAGGAUAUUAUAGCCAUCAAUAUAGUAAUUAUCAUGCAGCUAAAAUCGUUUAUGAUGGUAAACGUAUGAGAAAAGCUGUAGUUAGAAAAACAGUAGAUUUCAAUUCUACUUUAAUCAAAUAUAAUUUAGCAAGAGUUUAUCAAAGAGAUUAUAGAGAUUUUGCUGUUGUACAGCCUGAUCAAUUAUAUAUUAGAGAAAUUUUACCUCCAAUUGCAUUAGAAUCUAAUCCAAUUACAAGUGUUUGUUCAAGAUUUAUUCAUACAUCAUCAAAUAAAGUUAAAUAUCCAAUUAAUUGUGUAUCAUGGACACCAGAAGGUAGAAGAUUAGUAACAGGAUCAAGUAGUGGUGAAUUUACAUUAUGGAAUGGUUUAACAUUUAAUUUUGAGACUAUUUUACAAGCACAUGAUUCAGCAGUUAGAUCGAUUAUAUGGUCACAUAAUGAAGAUUGGAUGGUAUCAGGUGAUGAUAGUGGUAACAUUAAAUAUUGGCAACCAAAUAUGAACAAUGUGAAAAUCUUUAAAGCACAUGAACAAUCAAAGAUUAGAGGUUUAAGUUUUUCACCAACAGAUUUGAAACUUGCAUCAUGUGCCGAUGAUAAGAUUAUAAAGAUUUGGGAUUUCGCUAGAUGUACAGAGGAUAAUCAAUUGGUUGGUCAUGGUUGGGAUGUGAAAUGCGUCUCUUGGCAUCCACAGAAAUCAUUGAUCGUUUCUGGUGGUAAAGAUAAUAAUAUUAAGAUAUGGGAUGCGAAAUCAUCACAAAAUAUAACAACAUUACAUGGUCAUAAAAGUACAGUUUCAAAAGUGGAAUGGAAUCAAAAUGGUAAUUGGAUAGUUAGUGCAAGCUCUGAUCAACUAUUAAAGGUAUUCGAUAUUAGAACCAUGAAAGAGAUGCAAACUUUUAAAGGUCAUGGUAAAGAAGUCACCGCUCUUGCUCUACAUCCAUACCAUGAGGAUCUAUUUGUUUCAGGUGAUAAAGAUGGUAAAAUCUUAUAUUGGAUCGUUGGUAAUCCUGAACCACAAGCAGAGAUUCAUUCCGCUCAUGAUGCUGAUGUUUGGUCUUUAUCUUGGCAUCCAAUUGGUCAUAUCCUUGCAAGUGGUUCAAAUGAUCAUACUACUAAAUUUUGGAGUAGAAAUAGACCUGCCGAUACUAUGAAAGAUAAAUAUAAUAAUCCAAAUGCUUCAAAAGAUAUUGAAAAUGAAGAGGAUGCUGAUGAUCAAGAAUCUGAUCUAUCUUUACCUGGUUUAUCUUUACCUGGUUUAGGUAGUUAUAAACCUUCUCCACAAUUAUCAUCACAAAAUAUUUUACAAAAUUUAAAUUAUUCAAUGCAACAACAACAACCACAACAACAACCACAACAACAGCAACAACAACAACAACAACAACAAUUACAACCACAACAACAGUCAUCACCCCCACCAAUUGAUCUCAUGCAAUCUAUGUUACCAAAUCAACAACAACAACAACCAAACCAACCACAACCAAUACAACAACCACAACCAAUACAACAACCACAACAAAUACCUCAAAAUAUCCCACCACAAAUUCCACAACAACAGCAACAACCAAUUCAACAACCAAUGCAGCAACCACAACAACAACAAAUACCUCAAAAUAUUCCACAACAAAUGCAACAACCACAACAACAACAACAACAACAACAACAACAACAACAACAACAACAACCAUUACAACCUCAACAAUUUCAACCAAAACCACCUUACCAACAAAGACCACAGCAAUUUAGCCAACAACAACAACAACAACAAUUUAAUCCAAAUCAACAACAACAAUUUAAUCCAAAUCAACAACAAUUUAAUCCAAAUCAACAACAGCAACAAUUUAAUCCUAAUCAACAGCAACAAUUUAAUCCAAAUCAAUUUAA